CAAACCAAACAUUUAAGAAAAACCACCAGGGAAGAAAAAAGUUCAAAGUUCAUGUGGUUGUGUUGUCAUUCUUCAGCUGCCAGUUCCUUCAUGGUUGCAAGAUGUCUGGCCACGAUCAGCUGGCGCUGUGUCUGUGUGAAAUCACCAGGUUGUUGUGGAAACUGCUCCUGCCCCUGGUGCUGUUGACGCUGGUUCUGGUCGCCGUCCUGGUGCUGCUGGUCACCGGUCUGCGGCUCUGGUUCCAGUCGAACCGCGCGGCGAGGCGCGCCCGGGACGGUCGGCCCACGGUGGCCUUCUUCCACCCUUACUGCCACGCCGGCGGCGGCGGGGAGCGAGUGCUGUGGUGCGCCAUCAGGGCGCUACAGAACCGGUACCCCGAGGUGAACGUGGUGGUGUACACGGGUGACCUGGAGGUCAGCGGCGCCCAGAUCCUGGACGGCGCCCGGCGGCGCUUCAACGUGGCCCUGCCCGGCCCGGUGGAGUUCGUGUUCCUGGCCCACCGCGUGCUGGUGGAGCCCAGCCUGUUCCCCCACUUCACCCUGCUGGGGCAGAGCGUGGGCUCGGUGUUCCUCGGCUGGGACGCCCUCACGCAGUGCGUGCCGGACCUCUACGUGGACUCCAUGGGCUACGCCUUCACCCUGCCCCUCUUCCGCUACCUGGGCGGCUGCAGCGUGGCCAGCUACGUGCACUACCCCACCAUCAGCACGGACAUGCUCUCGGUGGUCAGCGAGAGGAACCCCAGGUUCAACAACGCCGACUACAUCUCCAACAACCUGUUCCUGAGCGCCGCCAAGCUGGUCUACUACUGCCUGUUCGCCGUGCUGUACGGCGCCGCCGGCUCCUGCAGCCACGUGGUCAUGGUCAACUCGUCCUGGACGCUGGACCACAUCCUGGCUCUGUGGCGCGCCCGCGACCGCACCUGCGUGGUCUACCCGCCAUGCCCCGUGGAGCACUUCACGGACAUCCCCAUCCUGGACCAGGAGGAGGAGGAGGAGGAGAAGGAGGAAGAGGAGGGGGGCGACAGGAAGAGGCGCUACUCCGUGGUGUCGGUCGCGCAGUUCCGUCCGGAGAAGGACCACCGGCUGCAGAUCCGGGCGUUCAAGAAGCUGGUGGACCGGCGGGCAGCGCUGCAGGGGCGGGAGACCCUGCGCCUGGUGCUGAUCGGGGGCUGCCGGGACCAGGAGGACCGCGACCGGGUGCUGAUGCUGCGCGGGCUGAGCCAGGAGCUGGGCCUCGGGGAGAGGGUGGAGUUCAGGCUCAACGUGCCCUUCGACGAGCUGAAGAGGGAGCUGGCGGCCGCCACCAUCGGCCUGCACACCAUGUGGAACGAGCACUUUGGGAUCGGCGUGGUGGAGUGCAUGGCGGCGGGCGCGGUGGUGCUGGCCCACAAGUCGGGCGGCCCCCGGCGGGACAUCGUGGUGCCCUUCGAGGGCGGGGCCACGGGCUUCCUGGCGGAGGACGAGGACGGCUACGCCGACGCCAUGGACCGCAUCUUGCGGCUGCCGGCCGCCGCGCGCACGGAGAUCCGGCGGCGGGCGCGCCAGUCGGCCGCGCGCUUCUCCGACCGCGAGUUCGAGAACUGCUUCCUGGCGGCCAUGGAGCCCCUGAUGAACACGCUGGAGAGAUGAUGGCCAAGAGAUGAUGUGUGUGUGUGUGUGUGUGUGCGCCUGUUCUUUCUGCCGGUCUGCACGGUUGAAGACCCCCCCCCCCCCUAUAGGCGCCCACUCGACACUGAAGCUGGUCUGGGAGCAGCUCAGUGACAGACGACAGGGUCCAGACUGUAGUCUUUAUUCCAAGCCGGGCUGAACUCCGUGGCACUCAGUAGAGAUUUACUAUUAUCCGUCUUCGAUGGCAUUCGCCCCCUCCUGACAUGUUUCCCUCCAAGCGCCCUCUGAACGAAGAGCAGCGCACGUUUGGUUAACUGAUCAGGAGAGGAUUUGGUGUGAAAUAAAAAGUCUGAGGUCUAUAUGUUAAUCCAUUCACGGAUCAACUGUCACACCAGUAGAGAUCCGUGUUGAAGUAACAUGUUUAGUUUCAAGUUAUAUUUCAGUAAUGCUGUAUUUGACAUCGAGUGAUCGUUCUGUUCUAUGAAUGUAUUCACAUUCUUGCUCAUUUAGCCAUUAUCACAUCCAGUUAAAAAGCAGGAUAAAAACGCUCUUGCUCUUGAUGUAAAACUGUAAAUGAGAUGCUUGUCGGGAACAUAUCUUGACCACCAUCUUGAUGAGUGGGGCAGAGUAAUUGUUUUAUAUAAAAUGGCCGCUUUAAAUCCAAGUAUUGCAGUACAAAGACCAGAGUUAACGUUCUACUUGUUAGAAUGUGAAUAUUUUUAUAUAUUGAGUUAUUGCAAAUAAAGAUGCCAUGGAAAAUAC